CAAUGUACCAACAGAUAUUCAACAAACUACACUAAAGAAAAUACAUGAAUUCACACUUAAAAAUGGGAAAUUAUUCUGGAUAAAGAAUGAUAUGGAAAAGAGAGUUAUAAGAAGAAAUGAGUUAGAAGAAGUAUUAUUUAACAUACAUGGGAGUCAACUAUCAGGACAUUUUAAUAUAGAAGCAACAUUUAAUAGGGCCAAACAAAAUUAUUAUUGGCCGAGAAUGUACAAAGAAGUAGAAAAUUAUGUGAAGAGCUGUGACACAUGCCAAAGAUUAGGAAAUAAGAAGAAGUCGAAUGAACUCCACCCAAUACCAGUUGGACGAGCAUUUGAACGGGUAGGGAUAGAUAUUGUAGGACCAUUAUCAAUAACCUCAAAAGGAAACCGCUAUAUAAUAGUAGCAACAGAUUACCUUACAAAAUGGCCAGAAGCAAGGGCCAUUCAAAAUAUACAAGCAGAAACAGUUGCUCAAUUUAUCUAUGAAGAUAUAAUUUGUAGACAUGGAACACCAAGUGAAUUAUUAUCUGACCAAGGGACAUCAUUUGUUAAUAGUGCAAUAAAAGCGUUAUGCGAAACAAUGGAAAUUAAUCAUGUACUCACUACAUCAUAG